CAGCCCACCAUCAUGGGCCUGUUUGAUCCACAACAGGUUUGUGACAACAACAACAAAAAAAUGUCCACUUAUCUAUUCCUCCAGCAUUCAACUGACCCACCACCAUUCCAUGUCAUAAUUAAAAAAUGAACAAAGAUAAAACUGCUUUAUGAUUAAAAGAAGGUGACUGGCAGCAGAACUGUUGUUGCCCUUUUCACUUAUCUUCUACCUUUCCUUGUCAUCUACUUAAACCCUCCCCCAUCCAUAUUGCUCUGUCCUCUGUCUUUUCACUCCCUUCCUCAGUUUUGCUUACCCUUUCAUUACUUUCUUCACACUGCUGUCAUCUCCAACCCCUCUACCUAUGCUGCACUUCUCAAUCCUUCCUCUGUAUCUUUUCUUUGCCCCUUCUAAUCACCACCAUCUCUGUCAGCCAUGUAUCUCUUUAGAUGCUGAUAUUCUUUUUUUCUUUUACAAAACAUAACUUCCAUUCCAACCAGUUUAUCAUUCACUCUAUCAAUCUGGACUAUCUUGGUUAAUCAAUUGUAAUUAUUUCUAAUUACUGCACCUUAUUAGAGUGGUAGCAGCUGGCAGAUGUUAAUAGUGGAGGGGUAGGUCUAUGAGCUGUAGGUCACUGGUUCAUUAAUGACGUCAGCACUAUAUUGUGUCUACAUCCAAGACACUGAACUCUUAAUGGUCCAGUUUAACUUACUAUAUGGAUUUUCAGCUGGAACACUGUAAAACUGACGAGUGCUUCUUUACAUGCAAUGCUGAAUUCAAAUCUUGCAAUGGCUUUUCCCAUGGAGAGGCAACAGCCCCUGACAAACUGAUAUAUGGCAUAAAGACAAAACCCUUCAGUGGUGACCCAUAACACCCUUUACAUUAUGGGAUUCCAUUGUUACUAUUUUUUCAUUUCUAUUUCUGCCAACCUGUUGAUCAGGACAGAGUUAGAAUAUCCAUGACAAUCCAUUCCCCUCUCUCCCUGUCUCUCUCUUCCCCUUCAUUUUCUUUUUUUUUUAUCAAUGUAUCAUGUUUUAGAAUGAUUGUUGUUGUUAAUGUUGUUGUAACAGUUUGUUGUUUUAUAUUCCAGCAAUACUACAACUUCUAGUUUGGUUGCUGAGCAGAUCUGGAUUAGAAUAAAAAUAGCUAAUCAAAGUAUUAGUAACAGUUCAUAGCAUACAUACAUACAUACAUACAUACACACACACACACAUGCACAUAUAUCCUUGCAAUUUGCAAGCCAAUCAUCACUGGUGCUAGUGCCAUUGUAAAAAAGCACCCAGUACAAUCUGUAAAGUGGUUGACAUUAGGAGGGGCAUCUAGCCAUAGAAACUAUGACAUAGUCCUCCAACUUGUCGAACACUGUCAAACAGUCCACUCCAUGCUAGCAUGGAAGCCAGACAUUAAAUGAUGAUGAGGAGGAUGGGGAUGAUAUAGCUCUGAAAUUAUAGUUUAGAGUAUUAAAUUUUGGGUGGAACUUUAUCAUUCUCUCAGUAUUCUACGUAUUGUCAUACAGUGGUCAGACAUAUUAAGGGAAGUGGAUUUUUACUCACUUUAAGGUAGUAACAGACUCUGUAGAUGCUUUGUUAAUUCAUGCAAUCCUCAAGGAAGAAUUUUUUGAGAAUAAUUUGACUGUAACUAUAUUGAGCAGGUGAAACAAAUGCAGAGAAACUCGUAAAGUAUUCAUAUGGUCUCUAUUGUAACCCUUUAGCGUUCAGAUUACUCUGUCAAGUGCAAUCUUUAUUUAUUCACAUCAUUUUGAAUUUAUCAGCCAUUAUCUGAUAACUUAAAGAUUUUGAUGAUGUGAUUGCUUAUUUUUAGAAUGGUUAGGUGUGACAGGCUUGAUCUGGCCGAUUUUAGCAUAAACCAGUUAGAAUAUUUUGGUUGGAUGUGGCCAUUUUAAAUGCUAAAGGACUAGGUUUUAGAAGAAUUGCGGAAGGAGAUUCAGCUGUUGCAUUUAACAUAUCAGUCAGACAAUAAAAAAGAAGACCUCUUGUUGAUUCAAAUGGCACUCGUAAAUGAUUUAUUGGCUCCAGUAUUGAGUUGUUAUAGUUCUGAGUAAAGAGCAGUUCAGUUACUUCCUUUAGCUUUAUGGAAGCUUCUUGAUUGGUUUGUGUGUGUGUGGUACAGCCUUGUUCAGCUGUGUUUAGGUUGUGACCAAUGGUUUGGUGAGGUAUUGGAUGAUGGCGAGUCAGAAGUUGUAUCCUGUCACCACUGCUACUUUUGUUGCUGUUACCAUGUAAGAAAGGAAAGCCUAAUAUCAGCCUGCAUUAGUCAGAUAUGUACAGUUGUGGUAAUGCUUGUGUAUUCAGGUUGUAUGUGCAUAUGUUUAUACAUGUAUGUGUGUAUGUGUAUAGGAUGUGUAUAUGAGUGUAUAUAUUUAUAUGUAUGCUUAUAUAUGUAUAUAUAUGCAGAUCUGUAUGAAUGUGUGUCUCUUUCCUAUCAAGGUGUAAAACUCCACUAAUUUAUGACAAUAGUUAGGGGUUUGUCCUAAUUUUAAAUGUUUAUGGCAUAAAAAUAUACU